USGCUGGAAGUUGGGGCUAUGAUUCCAGAACAACUGUAAGGCCAGCUUUGAGUUUUCACCUGAGUUAUUUGCUGUUGCCACUAUGAGCUGUGGCUCUAAGCAGCCCCUGAAAAGCUGCCUGCGAGGGAGCAGUGGUGGAGGAGGUGGAGGAGGUGGAGGGGGUGGAGGGGGUGGAGGAAGCAGCUCGCAUUCCUCAACCUCCUCGAGGACAAUCACUUCCAGGACAAGUGGAAGGUUUUCUGGCAGCAGUUGUGGUGGAGGAAGCUCCCGGAGCUGCUAUGGAGCGGGGGGUGGUGGUUAUGGCAGUAGCUAUGGAGGAGGAAUGAGCAGCAGCAGCUGGGCUGGGAGAAUGGGUGGUGGGUGCUAUGGAGGAGGAAUGGGGCACAGCAGCAUGGGAACGGGCUUYAGGCCAGCGGGGAGCGGGUUUGGGGGGUGUUAUGGAGGAGGUUUUGGUGGAGGUGGUGCUGGGUUCAGCGGUGGCAGCUUUGGCAGCGGUGGAUUUUAUGGAGGGAAUGUGGGAAUUCUCUCCAACGACGAGAAGCUGACCAUGCAGAGCCUCAAUGAACGCCUGGCUGCCUACAUGGAGACAGUCAGGAAUUUGGAAAAGGAAAAUGCUCAGCUUGAGCAGUUAAUCAGGGAGUGGUACCAGAAGCAAGGUCCUAUGGGCCCAAAGGACUACAGCCACUAUUAUGGACARAUUGAAGAACUCCAAAAACAGAUCGUGGCUGCAGCUGUGGAAACCCACAAGGUACUUUUGGACCUGGAUAAUACAAAGAUGACUGCAGAAGACUUCAGAAUAAAGUACGAGAUGGAGAGCGGGCUCCGGCAGAACGUGGAGAGCGACCUCAACGGCCUGCGACCCUUUUUGGAUAACCUGACCCUGACCAAGUCUGACCUGGAAAUGCAGUUUGAGUCUCUCAAGGAGGAGAUCAUCGACCUCAAGAAGAACCAYGAGGAGGAAAUGAAACAGCUGCAAUCCCAGUCCAGCGGGGAGGUGGAUGUGAAGAUGCACGCUGCUCCAGGAGAGGAUCUGCUGAAAAAACUGAAUGAGAUGAGGCAGGAAUAYGAAGCCAUUAUUCAGAAAAACCGUGCAGAGGUUGAAAAGUGGUACGAAAGCAAGAUGGAGGAAGUGAGUCAACAAGUCCACUCAAGUAACCAAGAAAUGGAAUCAAGCACCCAACAGAUCUCUGUGCUGAGACGUGAAUUUCAGAGCCUGGAAAUCGAGCURCAGUCGCAGAUCAGUCAGAUAGGCUCCCUGCAAUCCAACCUGGAAGACACRGAACGUCGCUACAACAUGCAGCUGCAGCAGAUCCAGGCCAUGAUCGUGCCCUUGGAGGAGGAGCUGGCCAGCAUCCGCUGUGAGAUGGAGAGCCAGAACGAGGAGUACAAGAUGCUGCUGGGCAUCAAGACCCGCCUGGAGCAGGAGAUCCAACAGUACCGGGCACUGCUGCASGAGGGCCAGCAGGGCAUUAGCACUUCACAGGGAGGAGCUGGUGGUGGAUCUUCAGGAGGAGGAGGAGGAGGAGGAGGAGGAGGUCAUGGAGGAGGCAGUGGAGGAAGAAGCUGUUGGUCCUCAGGUGGAGGAAGCAGUGGAGGAAAAUCAGGAGGAUCCUAUGGAAGAUCUUCCUCUUCUGAAAGUGGAGGAGGGAGUGGAGGAACAACAGGAGGUGGAACCAGUGGUAAAGCUGCAGGUGGAGGAGGUGGCAGUGGUGGAGGAGGAGGGGGUAAAUCCUGCCUCUCCCGCUCUUCGUCUUCCCAGUCCCAGCCCAGCGACUCUGGUGAAAGCCAAGGAAGUGCUGAAAACACGAAGCUCUGCCUGGAAGAUAACAAAACAUUGGAGAGAGGAGCAACCAUGGAGGAAGUGUCUAAAGCCAUAAAACAAUUGAGAAUGGGGAGCUUUAGGAAGGUUGAGGAGUGAUCRACAAGACCAGAUCUUCCACUGCAGGACCCUCCCAGCGAGGCCUUUGGACCAAGCAAGACUCUACUGAGCACGGCUGAACACGAGCAGGAGUGAACACUUGUCCAACUUACUCAACUGCUCACUCCAGGGGCUCAACAGAGCUCUCUGGAUGUCCUGUCUGCUUUUUCCAUCUGUCUUUCUGUUCCAAAUCACAGUUACCUGAGUUAAUCUCUACCGYGAUUGGUGUUCCUGUGGAAUAAAUGGUAAUAAAUCUUUGCUUCUCUCUGAUGCAACCAGAUAACUGUGUCUGGCCCAAG